GGGAAGCAGGGUAGUGGUCACGUGAUUUUGAAAAAUCACGUGACCGCAAUCAUAAAAAUAGAACCGGAAGUACAAAUGUCAGGAAGCCGAGGUAAACAAAUAUGGCAGACGACAGAUGCGGUAGUCGCCGUUAUAUCAGGGUAAAGGGAAGACUGGCAAAGAAAGGGACUGUGAAUAGGUCAGAAAAUAUGCGUUUUUUGAACGAGAAGAGUUACAGUACCAGCAACCAAGACCACGAUUAUGUGGCGAUUCCACAACACAGACUUGACAGUACUAUUUCAUCACACACCGUUCAAGAUCGCGAUAUUCAUGUCAGCGAGAACGUGGAAAUCGGACCAACGAAACCAUGGUUUCAGGGACGAAGGGUGGUUGAGCUAGCAGUGCUGUCCGAAAAUAUGAAUUGUGCCAAAUGCAAUUCGUGGCUUAGGUUUGUUGACAUUGUUGACGAGGUAAUUUACGGUAUGGCAAGUUACCUUUACAUAUCAUGUCCGAACAGUGCAUGCCAGCAUGUCAACUUGGUACCCACAGGAAAACGAAAUUCAAACAAAGGCUUUGACGUCAACUCCAAAGUGUAUCUAGCUAUGUUAAAUGCAGGAAUGGGACCCAAUCAAGUGGUUAAGUUUCUUUCUGGUUGUAACAUACCUCCUGUAGAUGCCUCUACACUACGCAAAAUACAGAAGAAACUUGCCCCAGUAGUCAUAAGUGCUGCAGAAACAUCUUGUAAUGAUGCACAGAAGGAGGAACUUGACUGUUCAGUCUCUGAUGGAUUGGAAGUCAGCUUUGAUGCUGGUUGGCAGAAAAGAGGUUCUGGAUGGCAAUAUAACAGCCAUACAGGUCAUGCAAGUCUUAUUGGGGUCAACACUGGCAAAAUUGUGGAUUUUGACAUGAGAACAAGAAGCUGUAGUGUGUGUCAGUAUCACCAGGGAAGGACUGAGACAGUUCCAAAUCAUGAAUGCAAUGUAAAUUGGACAGGAUCAAGUAAAGGCAUGGAGCCAGACAUGGCAUGUUCAAUGAUAAAAAGGAUGGCAGAUAAAGGAUAUGAAGUUGGUACUCUGCAUGCUGAUAAUGACACCACAACUCAGUCCAGAUUGCCCCCUUCCAUUAAAAAGAAAGAUGACAAAACCCAUGUGAAGAAAAAUCUUUCAUCACGUCUAUAUAGCCUCUCCAAAACACAUAAACAACUGAAGGCAAAAAAUGUCAUCCCUUAUAUCGUCAGAUGUUUCAUGUAUACAAUUUCAAAACAUCAAAGCACAAAAGAGAUCAUGAAGUCAGAACUAGAAAAAAUUGUUCCCCAUAUAUUUGGAGACCACAGUCUGUGCUCACCAUCCUGGUGCACAUAUAAUAAGGAUCCAGCAAAGUUCAGAUACAAACAUUUACCAAAUGGAAAGGCACUAUCUGGAGACAUGUUGAAAGAGGAAUUACAAAAGCUGACACAGAUAUACAAAGAUAGAACAGACAGGCUUCUAAACCUUGGGUCAACACAAGCAAAUGAAAGUUUUAAUAACAGCGUUGCGAGUUUUGCUCCUAAAAACAGGUUUUAUGGUGGUACCAAGUCCUUAAAAGCAAGAGUAUCUUCUGCUGUGAUGCAAAAGAAUGAAGGCUAUGGUUGGCUGAGCAAGGUAAAUGAGAAUGUCUUGCUUUCUCCUGGCAAUAUAACUAAAUUACAUGGAAUACGGAGAGAUAAAAUAAGGAAAAAUACCAGGGCUAUGAAGUCUACAGUUUCUUUCAAAAGAAAACGUAUCUCAAAAAAGAUUCAGAAGGUUUGCCAUGAUAAGGGAGAAUCUGUGAAGGAGGGCGAUACUUAUGGAGUGGAAAUCGAAGUCCAAGGACAAAUAGAUACAGAGACAAUUCCUUCCAAGAUCAAACUUACUGGUGAAGAAUCUGCAGUAGUGUUUGAUUUAGAAACAACAGGUUUAUCAAGGAACUCUGACAUUACUCAGCUGGCAGCAUACGACGGCAGCGACAUUUUUAAUCAGUACAUAAUGCCAUGCCAAAAAGUAUCUGCAACAGCUUCUUCUAUAACAGGAUUGACUUAUGAUUUCCAUUCAAACCAGAUGUAUCAUCAUGGAAAACCAGUCAUCAGUAAAGAUGUUCGUGUUGUUUUGUUGGACUUCAUCGAGUACCUUAGUAAGAAGAAGAAACCAAUCCUUUUUGGUCAUAACAUUGCAGCUUAUGAUGUACCAGUUUUACUGAAAAAGUUACAAGAAAGUCAUUUGCUGUCAGAAUUUCUUCAACAUAUAACAGGCUGCAUUGACACAUUGAAAUUAGCGAGAAGAAAGUUUAGCAAAAGUGAAGUUGGAAAUUACAAGCAACAGAAUCUUGUUUCAAAAUUACUUGGCAAAGAAUAUGAUGCACAUGAUGCAAGUGCUGAUGUAACAAGUCUUCAUGAACUUCUUGGACAGCUGAACUAUUCUGAAAAAGAUAUUUUUGCUUUCAAUGUGACAGCAUUGACGGACACUUUCACCCCAUUAAUGAGAGCAUCUCUUAUCACCAAACCAACAGCUAGGCGAUUAGCACAAUGUGGACUUUGCCUGAGACACCUUCAGUUAGCAUUCAAGAGAGAUACUGAAAAUGGACUGAGAUAUGUGUUGUCAGAGCAUGGAUUUAAUGCAAAAACUGUCAAGGCUGUCACAAGUUUCUUAACAAACAAAGAGGAAUGAUAACCUAAUAUGUAUAUUGGUGUCUAGCCCAAAUAAUUCAAGAAUGGCUACACCUCCUGCUUGAAAUCUGCUAUGAAUAGUUUAUAAUAAGACCACAUGAUCCUAUGGUACACUUGUAAUAAUGUAUUGUUAAAAUCAGUUUUUAACAUGUCAGAAAUGAGUUAAUGAAAUUUACAUUGGGUCCAUCCAUUCCAAUCUGCACUAGCUUACUUGCAGUUGCAUUCAGUUCACUAUGAAUAACACCUUCUUGAGUUACAUGUCAUUUGCUGUGGCAUGACCAGGAAAUUGAUAAUCAAAAUAUCUUGUUUUUAGAAAAUUUUCCUCUUCAUCCAAAAAUCAAACAUUACAUGCAUAACCAUGUGUUUAUUAGCCUGCGAGUCAAGCAAUUUGUCAAAAAGAACUGAGUAUUUAUCUUCUGAUCAUUCACUAACAAAUGCUCUGCUGUUCUGAAGGCAGCUAUAAUAUACAUGUGAAUUUGUUCGCAAUGUUACCGUCAGGAAACAUGAGGGGAAAUAAUUUAGAAAUGUCAAAGAACUGUUUUACUGUUUGCAAAUCAAGAGUCAAAAGUGUUUCAGCACGUACAUGUUGAGUAUUAGCAGGUUUUACACAC